UUUUGGUCAAUUUGAACUGGAAAGCUUUCCGAGCCGGAUCAGCUUUCUUUGGCUCUGGUUUUCGUUUUGUAGCCUAUUUCGGCUGGGAGCAGGGAGUCGACUCCCUGGUUGGGGGCGCUAGAGUGAGGAGAAACACUUCCAACUUGCCGCUAUUGCCUCUACAGACUCUAUUGGGUAUCGUUCGCAUUCGAAAGAAAGAGACUAUUGUGUUGAGUCUCUCACGAUUCGCUUUCCUUCGACAAGAACCGUGCAUUGGGCAGUACUAAGAGUUGCUCGCUGUCGUGUCAGUCAAUUAUUAUUCGUGAAUUUUCUCCGUUGACGAAGACCCUGACAAGAGGUGGACUAGGUUAGGCUCUUUACCAGCACCCGCUCGCACACGGGUGGUGCAGUCGUUGCUCUUCAAACCAGUUGUCCGGCGCUCGACGUCCGAUUGUUACUGGUGCAUACCGCGUAUCGCUGGCUUCGUGACCCGGCUUAGAGCACUCAGUGCCAGGAACAGGUAUUUCGUUCGCUAUUCGCCGUUUCGUAACAUCGGAACAAGUGUAGUUCACUGGUCGCAGGUCGCCAGCUAAGCAUCCCAUACGUUUGGUGGUCGUUUCAAUCAUCUUGAUACCAAGUCAGUUGUUUGCCUUGCCACCAGAGUGAAACGGAACGCAGCAUCGUUGGCUACUCAUCCAGGUGAGACAACUCUUCGUCACGGCCCGGUCGUGGAUCAGCCCUCUAUCUCGAUCCGGAACAAGUGCAAGGGGUGAGGAGAGGACGUGAGAGCGACACGCACGUUGAGUGGCGUCUGGUGACGACGGAAAGACAUCACCCACACUCGCCACGCCACACCGCUCAGCAAGUGCAGACCGGGUCUUUGUAACCUGCUGAAAGAGAUCCUUGCUGGAAAGCUGCGAUUAGCUGAAGUGGAUUCAUCGACUCAUCGGCGAUCUCUCCCAAUAGCUGAGCUUGCCGUUCAUCAAGAUACUCAGUUACUUGUAGACAGCGUUCCCUGCCGGAAAACUGCGGUUAGCUGGUGUGGAUUUCAUCAAAUCAUCUCCAAUCUACGCUGAUAUCACCGUUCACUAAGAGAAUCGGUGUCUUGUUGAAAGAGAACCUCGCACGAUAGCUGCUGUUAGACAGUGUGGAUUUCAUCGCAUCAUCAUCGAUAUCUGCCAGUAUCUGUGCUCACGUUUCAUCAAGAGAAGGGGCCAAGGCGAGAGGUAGCAUUCGCAGGACAGCUGUCAGUUUUUGGAGUGUGGUCUUCACAAGCAUCGAAGUUCACGAUCGAUAUCGCAUACUCCUAUUCAACAAGAGAAGCGACCAAGGAGAGAGGUAGAAUUCGCACGGAAGCUGUCCAUUUUCAGACGGUGGUCUUCACAGGCCUCGUAUUUCAUGGUCGAUACCACAGACUCCUAUUUAACAAGCACACAGGAAAUUGGUCACUCGUUGAAGGAGUUUCUUCCAGUAAACCUGGGGUUAGCAGGAGUGGAUUCAUCUAACCUUUGGUGAUCUCUGCCGAUAUCUGUGCUCUCUAUUCAUUAAGAGAAACCGUCAAGGCGAGACGUAGAAUUCGCCCGGCAGCUGAUAAUUUUCAGAAGGUGGGUUUCACAGGCAUCGUAUCUCACGGUCGAUAUCACAGACGCCUAUUCAACAAGAGAAACGGCCAAGACAAAAGGUGGAAUUCUCACGAAAGCUGUCAAUGUUCAGAGCGUGGUCUUCAUAGGCAUCGUAGUUAACGGUCAGCAUUACUGGUUCCUGUUCAACAAGAGAAGAGGCUCGAGGCGAGAGGUAGAAUUCGCACGGAAGUUGUCAAUUUUCGGAGCGUGGUCUUCAUAGGCAUCGUGUUUCACCGUCGAUAUCACGGAUCCCUAUUCAACAAGAUUACUGUACUAAGCACGGCUGGCUCUCUGCAAACUGAUCAUUUUUGCACGUCCAGUUCCAAGCUCUGUGUUGGCUACAACGUGUGCCGAUGAGCAUGUCAGCUCAGUUGUACAUGAACAACGUGUGGGUUGUGUAAAGUGUGCAGAUCACCAGAUCACGGCUAUAUCUCUACAGUUACAGUGUUAUUAUUGACAUCCUCACUCUCUUUCAUUGGUGUCUGUCAAUCACUCACCAAUAUACUUUCUCACUGCAAUAACCAACGGUGAACGUUAGAGCUGGUGUGACAGGUCGUUGGACAGCCUUGAAACACCUUGUUGAACUUGUGAAGUAAAACAAGGAUCCUGCCACGUUGUCAUCACCUACACAGAGCUGUGAUCGGCCGUUCUUUGAGCAACCUUCCCAAAGGAUUAACAGCCUGGCCAGAGUUCCACUACAAAAAUCAGCAAAACAGCUCCCACAUUGACUGGCAGUACUGGAACCGAACAGGUGGUAGCAAAACUGGAGUGUUUCCAUCAACAGCACAGCACUAUAAACUAUUUGGCAUUUGUUUUCAGGGCUAUGGUCAUCUGCUAUCCAACAUUGAAGUAACUGUUUGAUAUCAACAACAACGUUCACUGGAACAGGAAUUGUCAUCUACAGAUACCACCACGACUUGAAUUGUCAUCUACCAAUACUACCACUGCCUGGAAUUGUCAGCUACCACUGCUGCAAUUGACCGUAUCUGUUAUCUACCACUGAUACAAUUAACUCCAGCUGUCAUCUACCACUGCUGGAAUUAACUGCAGCUGUCAUCUACCACUGAUACAAUUAACUGCAGCUGUCAUCUACCACUGCUGGAAUUAACUGCAGCUGUCAUCUACCACUGAUACAAUUACCUGCAGCUGUCAUCUACAACUGCUGGAAUUAACUGCAGCUGUCACCUACCACUGGUACAAUUAACUGCGGCUGUCAUCUACCACUGAUACACAUGACUACAGCUGUCAUCUACCACUGGUACAAUUAACUGCAGCUGUCAUCUACCACUGAUACAAUUAACUGCAGCUGUCAUCUACCACUGACACAAUUAACUGCAGCUGUCAUCUACCACUGAUACAAUUAACUGCAGCCGUCAUCUACCACUGGUGGAAUUAACUGCAGCUGUCAUCUACCACUGCUGGAAUUAACUGCAGCUGUCAUCUACCACUGAUACAAUUAACUGCAGCUGUCAUCUACCACUGCUACAAUUAACUGCAGCUGUCAUCUACCACUGGUACAAUUAACUGCAGCUGUCAUCUACCACUGAUACAAUUAACUGCAGCCGUCAUCUACCACUGGUGGAACUAACUGCAGCUGUCAUCUACCACUGACACACUUAACUGCAGCUGUCAUCUACCACUGCUGGAAUUAACUGCAGCUGUCAUCUACCACUGACACACUUAACUGCAGCUGUCAUCUACCACUGCUGGAAGUAACUGCAGGUGUCAUCUGCCACUGACACAAUUAACUGCAGCUGUCAUCUACCACUGCUGGAAUUAACUGCAGCUGUCAUCUACCACUGAUACAAUUAACUGCAGCUGGCAUCUACCACUGACACAAUUAACUGCAGCUGUUAUCUACCACUGCUGGAAUUAACUGCAGCUGUCAUCUACCACUGCUGGAAUUAACUGCAGCUGUCAUCAACCACUGCAGGAAUUAACUGCAGCUGUCAUCUACCACUGAUACCAUUAACUUCAGUUGUAAUCUACCACUGCUGGAAUUAACUGCAGCUGUCAUCUACCACUGAUACAAUUAUCUGCAGCUGUCAUCUAACACUGAUACAAUUAACUGCAGCUGUCAUCUACCACUGAUACAAUUAACUGCAGCUGUCAUCUAACACUGACACAAUUAACUGCAGCUGUCAUCUUCCACUGCUGGAAUUAACUGCAGCUGUCAUCUACCACUGAUACAAUUAACUGCAGCUGGCAUCUACCACUGACACAAUUAACUGCAGCUGUCACAAACCACUGCAGGAAUUAACUGCAGCUGUCAUCUACCACUGCAGGAAUUAACUGCAGCUGUCAUCUACCACUGAUACAAUUAACUUCAGCUGUCAUCUACCACUGCUGGAAUUAACUGCAGCUGGCAUCUACCACUGAUACAAUGAACUGCAGCUGUCAUCUACCACUGAUACAAUUAACUGCAGCUGUCAUCUACCACUGAUAGUUGCAGCUGUCAUCUACGACUGAUACAAUUAACUGCAGCUGUCAUCUACCACUGACACAAUUAACUGCAGCUGUCAUCUACCACUGCUGGAAUUAACUGCAGCUGUCAUCUACCACUGCUGGAAUUAACUGCAGCUGUCAUCUACCAAUGCUACACUUAACUGCAGCUGUCAUCUACAAAUUCUACAAUUGACUGGAAUUGUAACCACUAUUACCAUUGACUGGCACUGGUAUUUACUACUGCUAUCACUGGAAUUUCUACGACUCAUCAGGAAAGCAGUCAAAGCCUGCAUUGUGUGAGGGUUGCUGGCUUGCCUUGUUGUCUCUUGGCAUUUGCACCUGUGUUCUCUACAUCAAAGGAAACACGUGGACUCAAGGAGUUUCUGUCCAAAAGAAAGGAAACCGCCAACACAAACUUCAGAGAGUCACUGGUCAGCAGCUUACCGCAAAAGAGCCUCCCUCAGCGGAGCAAUAAUUGUUAUACUCUGGCAUUCCACUUUGUCAAUAGAUCUGAAAUCUGAAGUUGAUUUGUAGUCGUAACACAAUCCAGCACACCCAGCCAGCAACACAAAGCCGGAACCGGAUAUCCAGGGUCAUAUACACCCUGUCCUGUGCUGCUAACACUCUACACCGUAAUACAGUACUCAUGGUGUUCAUCUGGUUGUCAUAGUAACCUGGAUUUCAACACCAUUUCUACAGGAUUUACUAGAGGAUGUAUUAAGUCGCCAGAUCUCAAUCUCCACCCCUGUAUCGGAUUGGAUUGAUAUUACAGUGGUGACGAUCACAGACAUCCGCCUAAUAACAAUAGACCCACUCGGGUAUCAAGUCAUCAUAUCAACCUAUCAGCCAUCAAAGAUUUAUCGCAGUUCAUCUCAACUACAGCACGUUCAACAAAGUACCUACGUCAGUACGCUCUCAAUUCCUAUCAAGUACACCGCCUCUGCUUCAAAGUUGUCUACUUGUGUUCGGUCUUCACCUGGCUAAGUCAACACCACAACUACAAGUACAACUUGAGAGUUUUCUGCAGAGACUAGGGGAAACUUGCCAGAACAACACUAUUGUCUUUUGCUCAAGUCACCAAGGCUAGCUGUGUGGUAGCUUCACCCUUUACAUAUCCAAGGACACUCAACACAGCCAGAACAAGAUCUGGUGACGUCAUCAAACCAUUCUCUCCGCUACUCCACUCACAGAUCAAUACUGUGGAACAGGUCACUCGCUGAACGUGCAAAUUCCUCAGCUGACCGUGGUGUAUCCUCGGCCAUAGACACGAUUCUGAACUAAAGUGUCAGUGCCAUUGCCGCGUCAUCUCCAUCUUUGACCUCAUCUACCUGCAACACACCAACUAGUAAAGGUCUGGUUAGUCAAUCAACUUCGCCUAGUACAGCCCUUGCCGAAGUCAACAACCGACACCAGCCUGAUCAUCCCCAGCCUCAGCAAUGAAGACCAACCAGGCACUCGCACUCAAAGACCUCGAGGAACGGCUAAGAAAUGAACUUCAACAUAAAGUCCCUGAUAUCAUGGAUCACCUGGAGAGCGAUCACAACUUGCUGCAGCACACGAGUUAUGAGUUUGCCAAAAUCACACACCGCAUGUUGACUGGCCAUGAACAGAUCAGUUUGCUUAUCGGUUAUUUCCUGACUCUUGCAGGUCAGAAGGGAAAGAAGGUGUUCGCAAUGUUUUGCAAUGUUCUACGUCAGAUCAACUUUGAGCAGCUUGCCAAGGAGCUGGAAAGCAAGGAAGAAAUGUACGAUCAAGGUACUUUGUCCAGCCAAUCCAGUGGUGACAUGGAGUUCCACGGAUGGGAGUGUAAACGCUCUGCUCCAUUUCUACCAGAAACCUUCCCAUCGCCAUCUACUGGAUUACAACAAGCAGCCACCAAUGCAGCCACUGCCAGUGUACAGAAGAGCCAAACAACAACUCAACAACAACAACAACCGCAGGCUGAUGUUGAACCAUUGCUAGCACACUACCGUAAGCGUCUUCUUCAACUUUGUCGAAUCGAAAGCAAGAGGACUGCUCUACCAGGAAUUGGGACACGGCGUGAAGGACAGACAGAUGUUCGCAGUUUCUACACUAGCGUUCAGGCCUUGACACUGGAACAAGCUGAACAACGACUGAACGAAAAGGGUGGGAAAACAGAGAGAUGCAGCACGACAACGGGAUCAAUACCAAUACGUCGAGCAUCACAACUUCUGCAACGUAAGCUAGGUGAACAUGUGCCAUCAGGUUACGAUAACGACCGCAGAUCACUUGUUGAAAGCAGCAUGCUUGUUUCUCCAGCUGGCAGUGGUAAAAGCACAGUGUGUAAAAUGCUUUUGUCCGACCACUACCAUAACAACACUGACAGCAGCAGCAGCAACAGCAGCAGCAACAGCAGCAGUGCUGUACCUUCUUGCAGUGCUGUUGACAGUGGUACAUGCACCAGUGCUACUGAUCCUGAUUCCACACGCCAAGCUAACACUACAACCAGCAAGGAUGUAACUGCUACCAACAGUGGUAACGCCUCAACCAAGACAGGCAGUCUUAGCACAUCUUCCAACACAACCAGCAGCAGCACGAGCACCAGCAGCAGCAGCACCAGCAGCAGCACCAGCUCCUACAGCAGCAGCACCAGCACCAACAGCAGCAGCACCAGCAGCAGCAGCAGCAGCACCAGCACCAGCAGCAGCAGCAGUACAUGUGGUAGCAGCUGCGAAAACAGUGCAAGUGGCAAGAAUGAUGACGGCAAAAGUGGUGGAAGCAGAGAUGGGCCCAACAGUGAAAAAGGUCGUGGGAGCAGCACUGAGAGCAGCGGUGGGAGAAGUCGGAGACAACAUGCCGAAGAGGAGAGGAAGUUUAGAAGAGAUGCAGUGCUGUCCAACUUCAACUAUGUCGUACAUCUACCUUGCCGUGAUGUGGAUCGAGUCUGCAGUUACAAUUGGUCUACUCUACUUGGCCUGGAUGAGCAAUGUCUGCAUCUAGACACGCACCAGCAAGACCAAAUGAUCGAGUACCUAGAGGAUCAAUCACAACAAGUCCUGUUCAUUGUCGAUGGAUUGGACGAAAUUGGCAAAGAUGUGCUUGAGGAUCGAUCAGCUCUCUCAUCUCUCGUCCAUCGUGAACGGUUUGCUGACUCCCGAAUCUUGUUGACAAGCCGUCCUUGUCAGCUAGCGUCCACGCUUGCAAAAAAAUGUGAAGAACACUAUUGGCUGGCUGGGUUCAAUGAGCAUCAACUCAAACGCUACUGCCUUCGUAAUCUUGGUGAAGAUCUUGGUCAGUCUUGUUGGGACGAGCUAUGCGAGGUUAGCUCGGUGCACGUCAAAGAAGCACUUAAGUCCUCCCCAUUGCUAUGUGCAAUGCUCUGUGAGCUCUACCGAAGUCGUCAGAAUGUACCAAGGUGUGCAACCAUGAUGUACUCCGGCUUUGUCAAGCAAGCUGCAAACCUGCGUGGCUGGCAGUUGCAAGAUAAUGGAGUCAGCCUUGAGAGUCCCGCACUGAGUAACAGCUUGGCUCGUGCCACAACAACAGAGGAGGACCAAGAGGAACACUCUGCUCCACUGUGGACAACUCAUAGCAGUCAACCCCAUCACUGUGUACCAGCAUCAACUGAUACAGCCCACACCGCAGCUGUCAGUGGAGAUACUGUACUAAUACAACGUAGCAGUGAUACGGAGCAAUCACAUCAAUGUAUGAGCAAACGUGCACAGAACGAGCUUGGUCGUGUAGCUCUCAUGUACUUGAAUAGCAAGCAAGUACUGAUUCCUACUAGCGCCUUGUCCAGUGAGUGCAGGAAUGCAGCUUGCUCUAUUGGUCUCCUUGUUGAGAGUAACACCGGUAUUGGCAAUGUACUACGUUCACAGGCAAAACCAUGUGUCUACUUCGUACACUACUCACUACAGGAGUACUUUGCAGCACAGUACUUGUGUGCAGAUACUGAGCAUGCUCAAGCUGUGAGAGAAUGUGCACAAUAUGGUUAUGGUGUUGGUGAGGAGACAGCACCAUUCUGGGCAUUUGUUUGUGGUACUGCAACUAGCAAGCAACUAGCGGAGAUCAUCAGUGUUCUAAAAUCAGCAAUGUUACAACAUAGCCGGACUGUUGCUAACACUUCUCGUUCUCUCCUGUCCUACUUCAUGGAGCAUGUCAACACCAGACCAACCCUCGCAGAGCAAGCAAUGCUAGGUUCUGGCGCAAGUGGGGAGACCAGUUACCUCUCCAAGGCAGUGGACUGCAUUGCUGCUGAUGGACUAAGACUGAAUAACGUCCAACUUGGAAUGAGUGAUGUACUGGCUCUACAGUGUGUACAUGAUCAUGCAACUACUAUCAAGCUAUUGGACCUCACAGGCUGCAACCUCACAGCAGAGAAGUGCAACAUACUCACACUGUCCAAGGCUCAAGAGCUACGACUGCAUGUGAAUCCAUGCAGUACCAGUCUGGUGGAAAUGGCAGCAAGAUCCCUAUCUUGUCCAGGCAGCAAAGUGAGAAACCUUCGUCUUGCCACGUGUAAUCUAUCAGCAUGUACCUAUCCAGGUCUGCUGGCAUGUGUGCAAGCUAAGAAUCUCCAGGGAUUACAGUUAUCUUCCAAUAAGGAACUUGGAAAUGGUUUUCUGGAGUAUCUACAACAGACACUCCACAGUGAGUGUCAGCUUACAUACCUUAAUCUGAGGAAGGUUGGUCUGACAGGUGGUUGUGGAAGUCGAUUGGCUGAACUGAUCACCAAACUGCCACAGCUUCAGCGACUGAAUACGAGCGGCAAUAACCUCAGCAACUCAGACGUGGAGCAAGUUCUGGCCGCUUUGAAUACCAAUGUAAUUGGGAUAGUCUGGGUCAAGGGCAAUGCCCUGGAUGAUGGUAUCGUUCCAGCUAUCUGUGAGUUCUAUCAGAGAAAGAACGGAAAGCUGCAGGAGCGGCAUUCAUCAACUAGCACCUCUCAAGCAGUUCAGAAUGGCCACAAAUGUCAAGUACAGUUACAAGGCUGUAAUGUGACCCGAGAAGGUCUGGAAACCAUAGCAACAGCACAGUGCUUAUCCUGUGGUGAUCAGGUGUUCACUGGUCUACACUUUGUGAACAGUGAUGGUGUAAGGGAGCGGGAUCUGCUGCAACCGUUGCUCGAGACCCAUGCCAAUCUCCACAUGCAAUAUAUUGGUGAUACUGGCGCACAGCAGAUUGCUCCAGCUAUUGGCUUUAAUGGCAGAGAUCUCUAUAUGUACUACAUAGCCCAUCAAACCAUCCAGAAAGUCAUCCCAGUCAUGGCUGUCAACACGACUAUGGAGAGCCUAUCACUUCCGUACUGCAACAUGACCAACACUGGUGCAGAGGUGCUUGCCGAGCAAGGUCUGGCACACAACAACACACUCCGAGUGGUCGACUUAUCGGACAACAACAUUGGACUGCGUGGAUUGUGCUCAGUACUAAGAGCAUGUCGUCACCGCAAUCUAUCAUCUCCACUGGCAUUGGAUAUGUCAGAUAACAACAUCUUUCCUACGUAUCAACAACUGCCACCGCUCCAACAACCACAACAGCAGCAGCAAAUUGAAGUUAUCCGUCCAUUCACGAGUCUACUGUCACAGUGCACAGGGAUUGUUUGUCUCGCACUUUCAGGGACAGGACUGGAUGAUGACACUGGAGCUAAGUUCAUCACAUCUCUACGCAGUAAUCAGUCUAUCAAGUGGCUCUCACUUAUCCGUAAUACCUUGAGUGAUCGCAGCGCUGGUGCACUGUGUGUUGCUAUGGAGACCAACACCUCGCUGAAGACCAUCUCACUGUACAAGAACAAUGUGACAGAUGAUGGAGUGAAGCAGCUCAUCACAUCACCUGGUGUACAGCGUAUGUAUGCUGUAGCAUUGCGUGACAAUCCAUGUCACACAGAGCAGUUCAGAUUGCCGCUGUUUGAUGGUCGGAUCUCAUAUAGCCAUAGUAGUCUUCUGGAACUCACGAAGCGACGUGAUUGAACAGCUGGAGCAAUAUGACAGUGAGUGUUUUCAGUCACGUGAUCAAUAUUCUGCUGGCCAUAGACUCUUCCUGUUUGCUAUUAUCAUAAUGACCAUAAAUUUUCAGGGAGCAGCCUUGAAACUGGAAAUAGCUGCUACACUUGAAUAGACGGAAUGCAUGACAGUACCCGCAGUGUUUGAGUUACCUGAGAGAGACAACUACAGUUGAAAUCUAUACUUUUUCUCAUAUCAGCAAUGUUUAGUGAGAGCUACCAUAGUUGGUUUAGAUCACUUGUCAGACAUUUCUUCAGCACGAUCUUCACAAGACACACUUCAUUCCCAAAACACGUAGAGAUUGCAGUGCAAGAAGCAACAUAUCCACCAGCAUCAUUGUUUUUCUCUCCAGUAAUUCUGUGUUGCUGUGUAAUGCAACGUACACAGCAACUCAACUGUAAUCAUGGUUACAGCUAUGUUACAGAAUAUACAUUCACAGAGCAUGGAUAGUGCUGUCCUUUUCUUACACCCUUCCUCCCCUUCCAUUUCCAUCAUUGAAUUAUGCAACUUUUGGAUGAAUUCCCUAAAAGAAGAUCAUGCUUCUAGAGGUAA